AUCCUAGGUUGAAGAAAGAAACAAAUGCAAUUUAGCAUGAUUUCAGUGUAUGCUCUAUAACACGCAUGCUAACAUAAAGCAGGAUGAGAAAAAAAAUCUUCUCCGAUCCAUUACCUUCCCAACUAUUUCAAAACUAAUCAACUCAUAAUCAUAACGACAAUGACAUUACUCUCCUCGAUCUCUUUGCAUUGUAAUCAAAUCCUACCUUGAUUAAUUUAGCUCAUCUUCAUUACAAACCAAAAUUGUCCUACCCCUACACUACCCCAUAUAGCAAUUCCCCUCUCCCUCUCUCUCUCUCUUGUCUUGGCCCUAUCAACAAAGUGUUCUUGUUCAAUUUCGCUCUCUUCUUCUUCCCCUCUCCCUAAACAAAUUACUCAAAUUCUCUCCCUCUCCUUCUCUCUCUACCCUCUCCCAUGGUGGUUCCAUCACUGUCCUUACUUCUCCCGUUCCAAUCCUCAUCAUGCCCCACUUUCGUCUCCCCUUCCUCUCCGGCGGCCACCGCCGGCCGCGACUCCCAGAACCGUACACCACUACCGCUGAAAUCAGCACCGGCGGAGACGACGUCGUAGAAUGCUACGCGUGCACGCAGGUCGGCGUCCCGGUCUUCCACUCCACAACCUGCGACGCCGCCCACCAGCCCCUCUGGGAAGCCUCCGCCGGCUCCUCCUUGGUCCCCAUCCACUCCAACAACUCAACAACCGCCAACAACACAACUAGUAGUACCCCCCUCCCGGCCCCACGCCCGCGGCCCCGCCGCCGUCCCAGCGGCGCGUUCGGGACGGUGGUGGACCCGCGGAGCAAGCGCGUUCAGCGGCUGAACCGGGCCUUCCUCCUGGCCCGGGCCAUGGCCCUGGCCGUGGACCCGCUGUUCUUCUACGCGCUGUCGAUCGGGCGCGGGGGAUCCCCGUGCCUGUACAUGGACGGCGGGCUGGCGGCGAUCGUGACGGUGCUCCGCACGUGCCUGGACGGGGCGCACCUGGUGCACGUGUGGCUGCAGCUGCGGGUGGCGUACGUGUCGCGGGAGUCGAUGGUGGUUGGGUGCGGGAAGCUGGUGUGGGACCCGCGAGCCAUCGCGGCCCACUACCUCCGGUCGCUGAAGGGAUUCUGGUUCGACGCCUUCGUCAUCCUCCCCGUUCCCCAGGCUGUGUUUUGGUUGGUGGUGCCAAGACUGAUCAGAGACGAGCAGAUCAAGCUGAUAAUGACAAUAAUGCUCUUAAUCUUCCUGUUCCAAUUCCUGCCCAAAGUCUACCACAGCCUCAGCCUGAUGAGGAGAAUGCAAAAGGUCACCGGUUACAUCUUCGGCACCAUCUGGUGGGGUUUCGGCCUCAACCUCAUCGCCUACUUCAUCGCCUCCCACGUCGCCGGAGGGUGCUGGUACGUGCUCGCCAUCCAGCGCGCCGCCUCCUGCAUAAAGCAGCAGUGUGACUUGUCCUCCAACUGCGACCUCUCCUUGUCCUGCUCCGAAGAGCUCUGUUUCCGCCUUGUCCUGCCCGAUGCAUUGGCGGCGGGUAGCGGCUCUUGCGGUGGUUAUAUGAACUCGACUACUACUAAUAGGACUCCAAUGUGCUUGGACAUGGAUGGCAGUUUCAAGUAUGGGAUCUAUAAGUGGGCUCUCCCUGUCAUUUCCAGUGAUUCCUUGGCUGUCAAGAUUCUUUACCCCAUUUUCUGGGGCUUAAUGACCCUCAGCACCUUUGGGAACGAUCUUGAACCAACCAGUAACUGGUUGGAAGUGAUGUUCAGCAUAUGCCUAGUUCUUAGUGGGUUGAUGCUCUUCACUUUGUUGAUUGGUAACAUUCAGGUGUUCUUGCACGCAGUGAUGGCGACGAAGAGAAAGAUGCAGCUGAGAUGCAGAGAUAUGGAGUGGUGGAUGAGAAGAAGACAGCUGCCUUCCCGCUUGAGGCAGAGAGUUCGGCACUACGAGCGUCAGAGGUGGACGACCAUGGGAGGUGAGGAUGAGAUGGAAAUGAUCAAAGGCUUGCCCGAAGGGCUACGGCGAGACAUCAAACGAUACCUCUGCCUCGACCUCAUCAAGAAGGUGCCGUUGUUUCAUAACUUGGACGAUUUGAUUCUCGACAACAUAUGUGACAGAGUCAAGCCAAUCGUGUUCUCCAAGGAUGAGAAGAUAAUUAGAGAAGGCGAUCUAGUAUCAAGAAUGGUGUUCUUAGUCCGCGGGAAGAUAAAAAGUUCACAGAGACUAAGCAAAGGAGUUGUAGCAACAAACGUGCUCGAAGCUGGAGGCUUCCUCGGCGACGAACUUCUGUCAUGGUGCCUUCGCAGGCCAUUCAACGAGCGGCUUCCGGCUUCGUCGGCGACAUUUGUGUGUGUGGAAGCCGCGGAGGCAUUUGCUCUCGACGCCAACCACUUGAAGUACAUUACCGACCAUUUCCGGUACAAGUUUGCGAACGAGAGGCUGAAGAGGACGGCGAGGUAUUACUCUUCCAACUGGCGGACGUGGGCGGCCGUGAACAUUCAGUUUGCAUGGCAGCGGUACAGGCGGAGGACCAAAGGUGGCGGUGGUGCUGGUCCGAUGAACCCUGUGGUGGAGAGUGGUGGGGAUGUGGAAAAUAAGCUGUUGAGAUAUGCUGCCAUGUUCAUGUCGAUUAGACCACAUGACCACCUUGAAUGAAUGAAAUCGGAUAGAAGGGUGAAUUAGAGUGCAAUGUUUUUGGGAGAAUCUUGCUCUUUUUUUCUUGUCUUUGUUCAUUUGUUGUCAUUUGUCAUCAGAUUAUGAACAAAGCAUAUCCUCCUGUAUGGUCAUGUGGGUAUUCUCAUUGAUACCUCCAUGAAUAAAGAAAAUAAAUUAGU